GUGCCCCUGCGACAUGGACCCGCGCGGGCCUCUAGGGGUCGUGGCUGAUCGGUGGUUGCCGGGUCUCGCAGAUCGAGCGCCCCCCCUGAGCCCUGGCCCUUAUAUAUUGAGCUCCAUGAGGAUCAGAAUGAAGCAAAGAGAUUUGCAGACGAGCUCGUGCCGCUGCGACUGCGAGCCUCAACCCUCAAGGGCGUAGCCGUCUAGUCGAGAUGAUGAGUGCCCUGUGGAUCGCCGCCUGCAGCUUGCUGCUCCUGUCGUCGUCCUCAGGAGUUGAAGGCAUCGGCGUGAACUAUGGCAUGAUCGCCAACAACCUCCCGUCCCCGGACAAGGUGAUCGCGCUGUACAGGUCCAGGAACAUCACCGACGUGCGCCUCUUCCACCCGAACACCACCGUCCUCGCCGCGCUCCAGGGCUCGGGCCUCGGCGUCGUCCUCGGCACGCUGAACGAGGACCUCGCCCGCCUCGCCUCCGACGCCUCGUUCGCGGCGUCCUGGGUCCAGUCCUACGUGCAGCCCUUCGCCGGCGCCGUCCGCUUCCGCUACGUCGCCGCCGGCAACGAGGUGAUCCCGGGCGACCUCGCCGCGUACGUCCUCCCCGCUAUGCGGAACCUCGAGUCCGCGCUCCACGCCGCGGGGAUCGCCGGCGUGCCCGUCACGACGGCCGUGUCGACGUCCGUGCUGGGUUCCUCGUACCCGCCGUCGCAGGGCGCCUUCUCGGAGGCGGCGCUGCCGACAGUGGGGCCGAUCGCGUCGUUCCUGGCGUCCCGGUCCACGCCGCUGCUCGUGAACGUGUACCCCUACUUCGCCUACGCGGCCGACCCCUCGUCGGUGCAGCUCGACUACGCGCUCCUGGAGCCGGCCUCCGCGGCGGCCGUGACGGACGGCGGCGUGGCGUACACCAACAUGUUCGACGCCAUCGUGGACGCGGUGCACGCGGCGCUGGAUAGGGUGGCCGGCGCGCAGGGGCAGGAGGGCGUGGAGGUGGUGGUGUCGGAGACCGGGUGGCCGUCGGGCGGCGGCGGGGCCGGCGCCAGCGUGGGGAACGCGGCGGCGUACGUGAACAACGUGGUGCGGCACGUCGGGAGCGGGCGCGGCACGCCGCGGCGGCCCGGGAAGGCCCUGGAGGCGUUCAUCUUCGCCAUGUUCAACGAGAACGAGAAGCCCGAGGGCGUGGAGCAGCACUUCGGGCUGUUCCAGCCGGACAUGACGGAGGUGUACCACGUCGACUUCACGGCGGCGGGGUCGUCGUCCUAGGCGAUUACAUAGGCCAAGGAUUGGUGGCUUUAUUUUGCAUGAGUUAUUAGUAGUAGAGGUUAGUCGCAGUUAGUACCAGUAGUAUAUGAUUUUAUAUUGGCGAUCUUACAAAAAAUUUUAUGUUCCAUGCAUGUGAAACUACUGGUUGCACAAACUUUGGUUUCGCUUUAGAUAACACCAUACACAAUGUACGUUACACAAACUUGUUCCCUUUCACCCGAAUGAGAUGCUGAAACGCUGCGGA